AUGAAAUCCGGGAAUGAUGACGAAAAGAUCGACCUAGAGCGAAAUGGCCGCGGCCUUGAAGAGGAGCGGCCGCAUACUGCCGACUCUGACUCGACAAAGUCGACUCACAGUCAAGCCGAGUCACUCCAUGAAAUCCAGCCCGUCGUCACCCUAGGCGAGCCCCUGGGAAAUAUAGAAACAAAGUCAGUUCAUCGAUCACGAACCCAGUCUAGGGCCUCAUCUACUCGCUCGCGAGCCUUAACCAUUAUUCCCCGCUCAAAGCGUCGGGGCCUGCUGGGAAGUCUCACUCUCGUCCCGGAAGUAUCAAAUCCAUACGACUACAAGAGGUCAACAAAAUGGGGCCUCGUCUGUAUCAUCGCCUUGGCCACGGCCGCUGCUCCCCUUGGCUCCACCGUCGUUUAUCCCGCCCUCCCCGUCCUAGCCAAGGAGUUCCAUGCUUCUGAGACUAUCACCAACUUGUCUGUAGCUUUGUACAUGAUCUCCAUGGCCAUCUUUCCUCUCUGGUGGUCUUCCUUCUCAGAAGAGUUUGGCCGCCGCUCCAUCUACCUCAUCUCGUUCACUCUCUUCGUCAUCUUUUCCAUUCUCUCGGCCAUCAGCACCAACAUCACAAUGCUCAUCAUAUUCCGAAUGUGCGCGGGUGGCGCCUCUGCGAGUGCUCAUUCCACAGGCGCCGGCUCCGUGGCUGACCUGUUUGAAGUCUUCGAACGAGGUCGAGCGAUGAGCAUCUUUUAUCUCGGCCCUCUGCUGGGCCCCUUGAUUGCCCCGAUCAUCGGUGGUGUGGUCACGCAGGAACUCGGCUGGCAGGCGACCAUGUGGUUCCUCGCCAUCUACGGCUUGAUUGUCCUCUUGAUGAUCCUCUUUUUCCUUCCAGAAACCCUGGCUCGUCGCAAGCCUGAGGAGCCCUCUUCAACCGCUCAAACUCAAGAAUUACAGCAGAUGCGCACUAUGGAUUCCGCAAAAGAAAAAACUAAGCGUUAUACCAAGUCUCUCCGGAGAUAUCUCAUCGACCCCCUUGGUGUUAUCCUCUACCUGCGCUACCCACCCGUGCUCAUCACCGUCAUGAUCGCCGCCAUUGCCUUUGGUUCGUUAUAUAUUGCCAACAUCGCCAUCCAGCAAAAGUUUUCGAAGUCGCCAUACAAUUAUAGGGAGAUCAUUAUUGGUUUGUUAUAUAUCCCUUCCGGGCUGGGAUACUUUAUGGCCUCGCUUUUCGGCGGCAAGUGGAUUGACAAUAUCAUGGCGCGAGAGGCCCGCAAGGCGAACCGCUAUGAUGAAAAUGGGAGGCUCAUAUACUUCCCCGAGGACCGCCUUCGAGAAAAUGCUUGGAUUGCUGUGACAGUUUAUCCCCUAGCAUUGCUCAUGUUUGGGUGGUCUCUCAAGUACGGGGUCCAUUUCAUGGUGCCCGCUAUUGCUCUUUUCUUCUUCGGACUUGGCUCGAUGCUCAUCUUUUCCGCCGCAACGACUAUGCUUACCGAGUUCAUCCGCAAACGCAGCUCCGCCGGUGUCGCCAUCAACAACUUUGUGCGUAACAUCCUGAGCUGUAUCGGCGCAGUUGUGGCCGCCCCAUGGAUCAACGCCAUUGACGUGGGCUGGGUUUUUACCUCUAUAUGCAUAUUCUGCAUGUUGUCGAGUUACUUGGGGAUCUGGAUUUUACGCAAGAAUUCCACGAAGUGGAGAGUGGGGAUGGAUGAAGCUUUGAACGGUUAA